UAUAAGGGUGCGCGCGGGCGGCGCGGGACAGAGCGGCCGGCGGCGGAGCCGGGCAGUACGGGCAGCGGACUGGGGGGCGCACGGGCCCCCCCGGGGAGGCCGCGGCCACUCCCCCCGCCCCGGGCCCGAGCGCGGCGGGGGAGGCGGGGAUGGAAACGCCCUUCUACGGCGAGGAGGCGCUGAGCGGCCUGGCUGCGGGUUCGUCGAGCGUCGCCGGCGCUUCUGGGCCCCCCGGCGGCGGAGGCUUCGCGCCCUCGGGCCGCGCGUUUCCCGGGGCGCCCCCGACGAGCAGCAUGCUGAAGAAAGACGCGCUGACGCUCAGCCUGGCGGAGCAGGGAGCGGCGGGAUUGAAGCCCGGCUCAGCCACUGCACCUUCCGCGCUGCGCCCCGACGGCGCCCCCGACGGGCUGCUGGCUUCGCCGGAUCUUGGGCUGCUCAAACUCGCGUCGCCGGAGCUGGAAAGGCUGAUCAUCCAGUCCAACGGGCUGGUGACCACCACCCCGACCAGUACGCAGUUCCUCUACCCGAAGGUGGCGGCCAGCGAAGAGCAGGAGUUCGCCGAGGGUUUCGUCAAGGCGCUGGAGGACCUGCACAAGCAGAGCCAGCUGGGCGCGGCCACCGCGGCCACCUCAGGGGCCCCCGCGCCCCCCGCGCCCGGAGACCUGGCGGCCACCCCCGGGGCCACCGAGACCCCGGUCUACGCCAACCUGAGCAGCUUCGCGGGUGGCGCCGGGCCCCCCGGGGGCGCGGCCACCGUGGCCUUCGCCGCGGAGCCAGUGCCCUUCCCGCCGCCCCCGGGCGCGCUCGGGCCGCCGCCACCUCCUCAUCCGCCGCGCCUGGCCGCGCUCAAGGACGAGCCGCAGACCGUGCCGGACGUGCCGAGCUUCGGCGAUAGCCCUCCGCUGUCGCCCAUCGACAUGGACACGCAGGAACGCAUCAAGGCGGAGCGCAAGAGGCUGCGCAACCGCAUAGCCGCUUCCAAGUGCCGCAAGCGCAAGCUGGAGCGGAUCUCGCGCCUGGAGGAGAAAGUCAAGACCCUCAAAAGCCAGAACACCGAGCUGGCGUCCACCGCCAGCCUGCUGCGCGAGCAGGUGGCGCAGCUCAAACAGAAAGUCCUCAGCCACGUCAACAGCGGCUGCCAGCUGCUGCCCCAGCACCAGGUCCCCGCGUACUGAGCCCGAGCGCGGGGCGCAUGCGCGGACUCGCUGCGGUGGGGGGGCGCCCCGGACUCUUUUGAGACUCGGUGCCCCCAGACUCGACAAGCCGGACCCCCCUUAACUCCGGGUGGGGACCCCGAGCGCACGACCCCCGCCCUCGCGCCGCCCCUGUUCCUUUAGCCCCGCGCGUGUUGCACAAGCCCGCCCCGGCAGCCCCUUUGUAUGGCCGAGGAGGGACUUCAGGGGCGCGCAGCCUCACGCUCUGCCUUUUUUCUCUUUUCUUUUUCUUUCUUUCUUUCUUUCUUUUUUUUUUUUUUUUUUUUUUUUUGCCUUUUGGAAGAGAGAACGGGAGUGUCCGAUUCCGCCCUAUUUAUGUUUCUACUCGGGAACAAACGUUGGUUGCGUGUUGCGUGUGUGUUUCCUUGUGUUGGUUUUUUAAAGAAACGGGAAGAAGAAAAAACUCCUCCUCUUCCCCUCCCCCUCCUCUCGCUCUCCCGACACCAUCCCUCUCUUUUUGUUUGGUUUUGUUUUGCUAUGAGUCCACAUUCCUGUUCCGUAAUCCUUGGUUCGCCGGUUUUGUGUUUUCAGUAAAGUCUUCGUUACGCCA